CAACAGGCACCUUGUCUGUCGAGGACCUCGACACCCUCCAGAUCGAGUUCGUCCGCGUUCAAUGGGCCGACGUCGGGAACGCGCUUCGCUGUCGCAUCCUCCCCCUCUCGCACUUCAAGAAGAUCCUAGGGACAUCCAGACCUGGAGUGACGAUGACGACGGGCGCCCCUGUCGCUGUCUCGAGUGAGCUCCCGCCUGGGUACACUGGGAUCGGCGAGUACCUCGUCGCAGUCGACUUGGCUACUCUUCGGCUUUGUCCAUACGCGGACGGGCACGCGGUCGUUCAUGGAUUCUUUGAGGAGAAGGUGCCCAUCAAGGUUGAGGGUGGUCAGAGUGUGGAAGUUCCGUAUUGCCCCAGGACGCUGUUGCGUCGCGUUACCAGAGAAUCGAAGGAGAAACAUGGUGCCGAGUUCCUCGUAGGAUUCGAAUCGGAAUUCAUCCUCCUUGAAUCGACGAGCCCCGCGAAGGCCAUCAAUGACAGCGGAUGGUGCAGCUCGAGUGCCUUCAAUGCGGGUACGAGCGGCCAAAAGGUUUUGGACGAAAUCGCGAAGUGCAUAAAGGCGUCGGGUAUUGAGCUCCAGAUGUACCAUUCCGAAUCUGCUCCUGGUCAGUACGAAGUCGUGACCGGGCCUUUGCCACCACUGGAGGCCGUCGACGCUCUUAUCAACACCCGCCAGGUAAUCUUCAACGUCGCAUCCAAGCAUGGUCUCCGCGCGACGUUCGCCCCUCGUGUGUAUUCUGAUAACUGUGGUACCGCAUGCCACGCCCACAUCUCUGUUCAUACACCUUCAACAUCUCAGCCGGCUUCCACCACCUCUCCCUACCUGAACACCCUCGAAGCCAAAUUUCUCUCCGGGAUCCUCAAGCACCUCACUGCCAUUUCAGUCUUCACACUUCCCCUCCCCGCCUCAUACGCCCGCGUCGCCGAUGGUAUUUGGUCCGGCGGCACUUGGGUUGCCUGGGGAAUUGACAACAAAGAGGUUCCGAUCCGGUUGUGUAAUGCUCACUCGGCCUCGUCGCGGAACUUUGAGGUCAAGUGCAUCGAUGGCGUGGCGAAUCCGUACUACGCACUCGCAGCUGUCAUAGGCGCUGGCAUGGACGGUGUCGCCACGGGCGAGGAGGUCAAGGCAAAGGACUGUUCGGCGGACAAGGCGCCGAGCGAGAUGGACGAUGCCGAGAGGGCGCUGAACGGGGUCACGGACAGGAUGGCGUUGAGUUGGGAAGAGGCGAUUACGAAGCUUGAGACGAGUCAGCGCAUGAAGGAGGUGCUUGGUGCGCCAGCCGUCGAGGCGUAUCUCGCUGUGAACAAGUGCCUAGCCGCUCAUAUGGGUCAAGGUAGCGAAGAGGAAGCGAUUACGCGUCUCGUCGAAAACUACUGAGUCAGUCCGCACGCGGGUGUAUGACUAUUGCCCAACUACCUACCGUGUAUGUGGCAACUUGAAGACAAUUUAUUUGGACCUUCUACGAAUACAGAGCACAUGUCCCCGUCAUGAGAUAGCAAUAUUGAUGAUCACUGUAAAACUAACUCCAAACCAUUCCCGAUCCCGAAAUCCGGCCCAUCACUUUACGGACCCACUUUUCUUUGUGAACCAACCCCCUAGCUGUCAUGAGCGUCGAGCUCUCGCACCUCAUAAAAUGCUGACUGUCCUCCUGCUCAUCCAGUUUUCCUCUGAUGCAAGCUCCCGACUGCUCUGUGUCUGCUCGCACGGCGAACAAAAGCAAGACGCCAUGCAGUCCUUGAACGGCGUCCCAGCCAGCUUGUGCCUCACACGUAACCCCGUUCGCGUGCUCAUCUGCAGGACCCAGCCGAAGCACAGGCACGGCGUGAGCAUACAGUGACAGCAGCAGUCGCCGUUGCA